UUAGAAAAAAAUAUGCUCCACACCAACUUUUCCACUUUCCACCCAGACACCUUUUAUCUUGUAGGCAUUCCUGGACUUGAGAAUUUCCAUGGAUGGAUUUCCAUGCCUUUUUGCUGUAUCUACUUAAUGGCUUUGCUGGGGAAUACCACAAUUCUAUUGGUCAUCUGGAUAGACCGUACUCUGAGAGAUCCUAUGUUCUACUUUCUGGCCAUCUUAUCAGCCAUAGAUCUAGCACUCUCCACAUCCUCAGUACCUCGGAUGUUAGGUAUCUUCUGGUUUGAUGCACAUGAAAUUGGUUUUGGAAACUGUGUAGCUCAGAUGUUUCUGAUACACACCUUUACGGGAAUGGAGUCCGCAGUCUUGCUGGCCAUGGCAUUUGACCGCUAUGCUGCCAUUUGUGUGCCUCUCCGCUACACAACCAUUCUGACACCCCGGGUGCUGGUAGGCAUUGGUGUGGGUAUUGUAAUGCGCCCAGUCCUGCUCAUGUUACCCAUUCUAUACCUAACCCACCGUCUGCCCUUCUGUGAAGCCCGGGUUAUCACCCACUCCUACUGUGAACACAUGGGCAUUGCUAAGUUGGCCUGUGCUAGCAUUCGCAUCAAUGCCAUUUAUGGGCUUUUUGUGGCUUCUUUUCUUAUUUUGGAUGUGGCUUUGGUUGGAAUCUCCUAUGCAUAUAUUCUCCGUGCUGUUUUUCGCCUCCCUUCUAAGGAUGCACGACACAAAGCUUUGGGCACAUGUGGCUCCCAUGUUGGGGUCAUGUGCGUUUUUUACACACCCUCCCUCUUCUCCUUCCUCACUCACCGAUUUGGAAAAAAAAUUCCUCGCUAUGUCCAUAUUCUUGUUGCCAACCUCUAUGUGGUCAUCCCACCAGCCCUCAAUCCUGUAAUCUAUGGUGUGCGAACCAAGCAGAUCCGUGAGCGUGUGGUCCACACUUUAACUUCGAAGUAG